UCGGGAGGUUCGGGACGUUUCGCGAACGGCCGGUAGUUUCCAGGCCGAACCGGCCGGUGAUCAGAAUUUUUUUUUUUUUUUUUUUUACCCACAGCAGCGCUCGCGGCCACAGGGGCAGACAGUGAUGGUCGGUCGGAGCUGGCUCGGAGCCGUUUUUCAUCAGGAGGGGCUACAAACACAACAGCCCAGCCAGCACACCAUGAGAGCUCAUUUAUGUGGAAAUAAGACCUUCAGCAAACACAAGGAACUGUGUUGCCAGUCUAGUGUUGUGCACAAACCUUCACUGAAGUACAGGUGCUGUGAUAAAAAGGCGUAUCAUGUGGAGGAGCAGCUGUGUUGCGGUCCAAUUAAUGAUAAGAAGAUCCUGAUAAGGAUCUCCGAAGAUCACCAGUGCUGUCAUCAUGGCCAGUUCAACACCAAGAAUGAGUGCUGCUGUUGGAAGAAUGAUGUUGCUGAGAUACAAUCGAAGAAUUCAUCCUGCUGUGUGAAACAACAGACACUUGAGCUUCAAACCAACUGGUUUUGGCAUCAGGGGGCGCUGGAGCCUAUUCCAGCUUUCAUAUGCACUGAACCAAACACACAUCUCUGUGGGUCAACAUGCUACAAUCCAAAAGAACAUCGCUGCUGUGAGAGAAACCAAAAGCCUCAUUGGUUCUGUGCCUCAGGUAAAGCCACAGCCACUGUGUAUAACCCACACACUCAUGUCUGCUGUGAUGGAUGUAUAUCUGUGUGGAAGCCUUGGAUAGAUCAAUGCUGUGGAGAGACACCGUAUGGUUUGGCACAACGUGGAGUUCUCUGUUGUAAUAACACCUUGUACGAGGAUAGAGAAGAUGGAGAGGAAUGUUCAGAGAUGGGUUUUCCUUACAGCCCGGCUAAAGGGACUAUGUGUUGUUCUCAGUUUCAUGGCAGCCCUGGACAACACUGCUGUGGGACAGAAAUUUACCGUCCUCAUACUGAGAUCUGCUGCAACGGACACAGACAUCCCAAAUCAGAAAACAUUCACUGCUGUGGGGUUAAAGCGUACAACAUUAAAGACCCACAGAUGAAGUGCUGUGCAGGAACGUUGUACAAUCUGACGGUAUUAGAGAAGCAUGGAGGGGACGGCCAGUGCUGCGGAUCCAUUCUGCAAAAGCCACAGGACAUUUGCUGCUCAAGCGAGGACAAAGAGGUGCUCUACUCUGCCAAGACAGGUUUCAGAUGCUGUGGUCACCUCUACUACAGCACCACUCUGUGGUCAUGCUGUGCUGGGAGGCUGAGAUCAAUCCACAAACCAGGACAGGAUCAGAGAAAGAUGAUUAACGAAUCCAGACUUCUAUCUGUGAAUAUUUUGAAUAAUAAUGAUAUUUGCAAAGAAAUGCACAUCGGGACUGUGGAAAGUGUGUCUCUGCAUAGCAUUGUGUUCAGGAGCGUGCUGAAGAUCUGUGGGGGGACGAUAAUGAAAGCUCUGCCUUUGCCUCACAUCCUGAACACAGAUGAUCCCUGCAGCUCCCCUAAACUGAUUCCUGGGAAGACCUACUUCUUUAACAAAGUUCAUGUUUUCACUGAUUUCAACCACAACUCUGUUCUUCAGUCACUCCAUUUCAUUAUUUCCAAGUGUUCACCUUAGGUCACCACAGGCUGAUCUAUUUCUGAUCAGUGUUGAUCAGUCACUUUUCCUUGAUGAAGUAUUCAUUUUUGUUUACAUAUUUACACACAGUAUUUGGUUUUUCACUCAGAAAAGUUACAAAUUACAACCCAACCUUUCUUUUGGUAUUUUGGGUAUUACCACAACCAACAGCAAACUUGUUGAAAACCAACCCAAAGAAAACUUUUCAGAAAGCCAGUUUAUCGCUGCUUUUCUUACUCAUUGAGAAGUUUUGGCUCCUUUUCUGGUCAGGAUAUACACAGUUCGAACUACGCUCAGGGCACCAUGUUUGUUUUGCAGGUGCUUUAAAGGUGGAUAGUUGUUUCACACAAUAAAAUGAAUUGUAGAUCAUUUCUAUUUUUCCACAAAGUGCGCUCAGAUAUUGUUGCGCAAGGACACAUUUUAAUCUUUUCAUUAUUCAGAUUGAAGUAAAAACAAAAUAGUUUUAUUCAAAACUGUAAUGUGUUUAUCAAGAACAGUAACGCACAUUACAGCAUUACAGGCAAAUAUAAUGUGAUUACAGAAUGCCUUUCUUGUAAUGUGUCACACUCAACACUGCUUACUUUUUUUAAAUAAUCACAUUGCUUAUACAUUGCUAUCAGUAUACAAUACUUUUCAUGAUAUGUUACUCAGCCCAUGUCCAGCCAAACCUUGUUUUUCUGUGUUUUAACUGUCCCAAAAAGUCUGAUCACUGACAGAUUUAAUUAAGGAUGACUGAAAUGAGGAAGAACAAUGUAGCUAUAAAGCUGUAAUAUUUACUGUAAUGUCGUCACUCACACAAUUUAAGACAGUUAUCAAUACUUUAACACAAUUAGAUGGUGCACACUGUUGUUCAAAUCUAAGCAUGCAGCAAAUAUGUUUGGCACAACAGUGCAUUCAGAUCAUGAUUCUGAUUGCAAAAGCUGCCAAAUAAGACAAUCUUAAAAAAAAAAAAAAUCUUAGUGUGCAAUGUAGUAUAAUGCAAUACAACUAGCUUCUAUAGUCAAAAAAAGCUAAAGGAGCAGACAGUAUUUCCAAACUAGUGUUAAUUUGGGAUUAACAGUAGGUCACACCUUAGCUGUCAUAGUGGGAGGUAGCAUGCAAGAAUAUUAGCAUGCAGCUUGAUGUUCAUGCAAUUUUAUGCUGCUUUCUUGCACUAAAUUAUAAAUGGCAGCUGCUUUCACAUGUUCUUGAACCAUACAAUUGAUUGUAUACACGUACUGUACUGUAAACUGCAGGAUUUGUUUUGACUGAUAAUGCUAGUGAAUCAUGAAGCUGCCAAAACCAUGGAUACAAAUAUGCUACAAGGAUCCAAAACACCAACCAUUCAGAGGUCCCGCUAAAAAUGUAUUUCUGUUUCUGUUCUACCUAUUUUUAUUCAGCUUUGUUUAAGCUGCAGUUAUGUUGUUGUUGGUUUUUUUUCAUUAGAAUGUGAUUCAUGGAAUAUAUUAAAAGAUGCAGUAGCAGAAAUGGCAGGUGUUUCUUUAGUAACCAUAGACAUUUAAGGGAUAGACAUUUAAGCUACAAGCUAGAGAAAAUACUGCCUGUUCAACUGUGUUUGAUACUUUGCUGGUAUAAAAUUUUAUAUUGCAUGUUUAUGUUUAAUAUGUGACAG